AUGUCGUCAGGCGCGUCUUCGAUCUCUGUCACUGUUCGUGUCCGACCUUUUACUAUUCAAGAAGCCGCGCAAAUUACAAAAACCGAUGAUGGCAUAUCAUUUCUGGGAGAGGGCUCAUUGGCAGGAGCUCCUACUCCAAAGCUUGGUGGGAGAGGAAUUCAUCCUGUCAUAAAGGUUAUUGAUGAUAGAUGCCUUGUGUUCGAUCCUCCACAAGAUGCCCCUAUAACUCGAUUUCAAUCGAAAGUAGUAUCGAACAUGGGCAAACGAGUUAAAGAUCAAACAUUCGCAUUCGAUCGGGUUUUCGAUGAUAACACAACACAAGGAGAUGUUUACGAAUCAACAACGAGAGGUCUUUUGGACAAUGUACUUGAUGGUUAUAAUGCUACAGUCUUCGCAUAUGGUGCCACUGGUUGUGGUAAAACUCACACGAUCACAGGAACGGCCCAACAACCUGGUAUCAUUUUCUUAACUAUGCAGGAACUCUUCGAGAAAAUCAGCGAAAGGGCUGAAGAAAAACAAACGGAAAUCACAUUAUCCUACCUGGAGAUUUAUAACGAGACAAUUCGAGAUCUUCUGGUUCCAGGGGGUAGUAAGGGGGGUUUAAUGUUAAGAGAGGAUGCCAAUCAAGCGGUAUCAGUCGCGGGGUUAUCGAGUCACAAACCUCAAGAUGUUCAGGAAGUCAUGGAUAUGAUUGUUAAAGGAAACGAAUAUCGAACCAUUUCUCCAACUGCGGCCAAUGCAACAUCUUCUCGAUCUCAUGCAGUCCUACAAAUCAAUGUCGCGCAAAAGGAUCGCAACGCAUCAGUAAACGAACCACAUACAAUGGCGACUUUGAGUAUCAUCGAUUUAGCCGGUAGUGAACGUGCGAGCGCGACAAAGAAUCGAGGUGAACGACUGAUCGAGGGUGCGAAUAUCAACAAAUCCCUUCUCGCCCUUGGUAGCUGUAUCAAUGCUCUUUGCGAUCCUCGAAAGAAAAAUCACGUCCCAUAUCGAAAUUCAAAAUUGACGAGACUAUUGAAGUUUUCUCUCGGUGGAAAUUGCAAGACUGUCAUGAUUGUAUGUGUCAGUCCUUCCAGUGCGCAUUUCGACGAAACCCAAAACACCUUGAGAUACGCCAACCGAGCCAAGAAUAUUCAAACCAAGGUCACCAGAAACGUCUUCAAUGUCAAUCGUCAUGUCAAGGAUUUCUUGGUCAAGAUUGAUGAGCAGAUGGCUAUGAUCAAUGAGUUGAAGGCUCAGCAGAAAGAUGCUGAAGCCAUUGCAUUCGUAAAAUUCAGAAAGCAGGCGGAAAAGAGAGACGCCAUUACACGUGAGGGUGUAGCGCGUAUUCGUGCAGCUUUUGAAAACUCAGUAAACGACCGACAAGAAAAGGUCAACCAGAUGAAGAAACUUCGACAAAUCGAACGUCGCAUUAGUGUACUAUCCUCCUGGAUUGCAUCAUUCGAUAACGUUUGUGAUUCUCGGGAUGAUGAAGAAAUGCCCCCAAAUUUGACAUCUAUGCGCAAGACAGCUCAAGGCAUUCUUCUCGAAUUGGAAAAUAGCCGUCAGCAUUAUCAUCAACGAAUACACAAAAUGAACUGGGAACGGGCUAUUGAUUCUGCUUUACAAAACAGCGUUCGUCAACUUGUUGAGAUUGAUGGACGUGAGGAUGGCAACGAUAUCGCUUGCUUGACUAGAGAAACAGAACUCUUGAAAGCUAAUGCUGCACGAGAUUCAUUCCAGUAUGUCUUAGAGCAAGAAAAGGGUGUCGAUGCGGGUGUUAUGCAAGUGCUGCUCUCUGCCCAAUUCGAGAUCAUGUCUUCGCUUAAUGACGUUAUUGGUAUGAAUGAAGAGGAUGCUGUGCAACAUGGCAAGAAGACCAUCUCAAAACUUUUAGAAACAUGUUCCACAGCAUCUGCUUCAAUAGUAAAGCCAGAUGGGUCUAUGAAGAUUACGGAAAAAUUCGCGCCUACCAAACGAGGUACACCGAAACGCAACAAGCAGAUCAAUCUCUCUUUUGAUGGGGAAUCACAAUCACCAAUUAAAAUGCCUUCUCUAACAGUGGCACCACAAAUUCCAUCUCCGAUGAAAUCCUCACCGAGGCGUCGUAAGAUAGUAGUAGGUAAGAAAGGACUUUCUUUCACACCGAAGAAGACCUCCAAGCGAAGUGUCAGAUGGCGAGACGAUGACGAUUCCGGAGCCUUGGCCGAGUUCGAGAAAACACCCCAGAAGUUUGAAUCCACUCCGGAUGUGUCCUUGGUCGAAGAGACUAUUACCCUACCACUCUUACCAUCAUACCUAGGCGAGGCUUCCACGGACCCCCUGGGCUCGUCACCUGUUCCCACGGCUCCACUAACUUCCCUUGAUAUUAAGCCCAAGAACAAUCGAUUCCAAGCAGGAUUCCUGUCCAAAAAGCCCCACUCGGCUUCACCGCCUCCUCCAACAAUUACCAAUCUCUCCCCAACGUCUUCGGAUACAGAACAUUCUCCGUUGAGAAUCCUCAAGAACGGUUUUAGUCCAAAUCGAUCCCCCCUUCGCGAUGUAGAUGAAGCUGCCGAGCCAGCAGGAAAUAAUUCGGGCGACGAAACUGAGAAUUAUAAAGUGGGAAAAUUGGAUGGCGUUAAGAUUGGUAUGGCGCUUAAGAGACAUGGUAGUCUUUCAAGGUCAGGUUAUAAUCAUACAAAUUCUGAGGGUAAUCAAAGAAUCAGAAGAGCAAGAAGUCCGACAGCGGCUCAGCUUGCAACGAGCCCAAAUAGCGAAAAUCAAAUGUUUACGGCUAGUCACGCGAGACGGAUGGUGAAGAGUGACAAGGGGGAUACGUUGAGCAGUGUAUUGAGUCCGAGAACGGCACCGGUAAUUAAACAUGGCCAUAGUAGACGAGCAACGGAUUCCGGGAGAUCGGUGUCUGGAGGUCAUGGGCAUGGUCGGGAGGGUAGUGGAAGUCUGAGAGUUCAUGCGGUUAAUGGAGCUGCUGGUGGUAGUAUUAAUAGGGAGGCGAGAGGAAGAGAAAGUGUUAUGAGUGCUAUGGGGAAGGGUGGUUGGAGAUGA